AUGGAUAGAGUUACGUCAAAACGAGUUAAGAAUAAUGUGUUGAUAGAAAAAAGUGGUGACAGUGAGAAGAAGACCCUUAGCAGAAGGAGGACUAACAUGAGUAAAAAAAAAAACACCUUCCUAAAUGACGAAUCGAAGAAUGAUGAAGCUAUUAAGAAGAAUUUGAAAAGAGUGAAAAAUGAUAAGAUUUCCAAAAAUGGAAAAGACAAGUUGGAAAGCACCUGCUUAAUUAACACCAGAAGGAAGGAAAAUAGCAAAAAGGACACUGUAUAUAAGGGGAUAGAAAAGGAGAAGAAAUAUCCCCAUGCAAGCAGAGUUACGUCCAUUAGAAGGAACAAUGCAAGUGCUAAUGACGGCGGGGAGAACCGCGUGGGCGACGGGAAAAGUGACCAUGUGAAGAGUUCAAAUUACACAAUUUUGAACUAUUUUAAGAAUAAAAGGGAGACCGAUAAGUAUAAAAGUAAGGUGUCUAUCGGUGCAGAUUCGAAGCCCGCGAACGAUAGUGAGGCGCGCAAUGGGAACAAUAAUUGCCUAGACUGCAGUGCUAGCAGUAAUGCACCGAAUGAGGUGGCCAACCAGACGAUCACCAGCUACGCCAACAGCGCGAACCAAGCCAAUUAUCUAAACAUGAAGAAUAACAUCGAGCAUAACCUGAUGAAUUAUAAAAAGUCCAAGUUGAACCAAAUAAUACACGCAGAGAAUUUCAGCAUGGACUCCUACAGGUCGAACAACUCAUCGAAUAGUGAGGUGUACGUCGGAUCGGAGAACAACAAUUUGCAUUCGAGCAAACAGGAAUACACUCUUGGUAGGUCCUCCAUGCAGUUGAAAGAGGGAAGUCUGCGGAGUAGCACCGGUGGAGGGGCGGGACUACAUACAAGUUUAAAAAGUGGCAACAUGUUGGACGUGCGCGAUAACAUGGUGAAGGGCCCCCUACACUUGAGCGAUUUGUACAGCUCCAGGAAUGGAGAUUCGUCUACCGUGUUGACUAGGAAUUCGUUAUACAAAUGUAAGGAGGAUCGAAUGGACGGAGCGGAUCAGGCCCAUCGGGGCGAAAAGGGUGGUUCUACCUCCGGCCCAGGAAACGGAUUCAUCAUGAGUAGCAGUCUGGGCACCGCCUUGAACGGCUUGAACGGUUUCAGGGGAAAGGAUAUUUCGUGCGUGGAAAGAAGCCUAGGAGGAAUCGGCCUAUCCGAUCUUAUGGUGAAUAGCGAAGGCAGGCACAAUGAAAGUGGGUACAGAGUUGUCGACAUGACACGAAGCGGUGACCACGUUUACAGUUACAAGAAUCGGAAUAAAGACUACCUAGAUUCGAUAAAGCUAUCCAUCGGUCGAGGAAAUGAAAAGCAUAGGGAACUCCUUGGCAGGUCGCUCCCGAGCAGGAACAUUAUGAACAGCACAAAGUCGGACGAAGAAUUAUUUUCCAAGAAUGUACUGAAUUUUGAAAAUUACUGUUCAUACAGAUUUAAGAGAAGUAUGAAUAACAACCUGAUCAACAACAUCUAUAGUAUGUACGAGGAUAAAUCCAAUUUGGAAGAAUUUAUUUCGAGGAAGAGGCGAGAAGGAGGAGGUGUGUGCAAAUCGAAGGAGGAUUUUCUAAGGUAUAGACUGGAUGGCAGCUCCAUGGUAGGUCUGAGGAAUGAUCAUUUCGAGGGGGAGAAGCUUUUUAAAAGACCAUGCAUGUCUUUGUAUAACAGCAUCCUCCGGAAGAACAGAUUUGACGAUGGAAAAAAUUUGGAGAAGAAGGAACGGGACAGCAUAUCAGACCUCCUCCUCCAUCAUCAAGAUUUGCUCAUAAAUAAGAGGGAAAAAAUUGUGGUAAGUAAGGAUGAAGACACGAAGGAAAUUAUCGUAAAAAAGUAUAUAAAGAAUUUUUGGCUACUUAGUCGUAAGGACUUUUUUAGUAAGUACUGGAAUGCACCUCUAGAGUUGGAGAGUGUAGAAGUGGAGAAGCUGAAGGAGCUGAUCCCUUUUCCGGAAAAUCAGACGUUUACAAUAGAUGACCUAUUCAGUAAGGACAAUGAGAUUGUUGAUCAGGACCAGCUGCUGAAGGAGUACGUUACGGAUGAGAAGUUAAGGAAUUUCCGUCUAGACCUGAUCGAUGGGUUCCUCUACGAUAAGCAGUCCCUCUACGAAAGGGAGAUGGUGGAAAAUGAAAAAAUAUUCUCCAACAUUUCAUUUAACCACAAAAAUUCGGAUAUAAAAGUGGAUAAACUGUUAAAUUUAUUUCCUCGCGAUUUCAUGAGGAAGUAUAAAAUAGUGAAGAAGUUAGGGGAGGGAGUCUAUGGGAAAGUUUUCAAGGCGGAGUCUUUGGAGGAUUCCUACUUACACUUUGCCGUGAAGGUGUUACGUUACUUCUGGCCCAAUUUUAAAUACAAGUUCGGGUCGGAGGAGUUUGCCAUUAACGAGUUUAACAUAAUGCGGAUUCUGUUUCACCCGAAUGUGGUGUGUCUGCUGGAUAGCUUUCGCGUGCACACGUAUCGUAAGAAUAAAGUAAAAACAGGUCGUAAUCAGAAGGCACGGAAUGAAACCCUGUCUGCUGAAUAUGACUUUAGUUUUCAGAGGCAUCGAAAAGUAGAGCGGAAUCAAUACUCACCGUCGAGGGACACCAUCGAGAGGAACAACAAGUACAAAAAUUUAAUUACGAAAAGUUGUAUAACGAUUGAGGAUUUGGAGAAGGACCUAGUUAUGUAUAAUAUUGAUAAGGAGGAGAGCCUUAACUCGGAUCCCACAUUGAGGGGAAGCCACCUCAACAGGACGGUUAAAAGUUUGCGGAGCUACCACACGGAGGGCAGAGCCACCAUCGGUGGUGGGGGCGAGUACGGGUCGACGAACACGAGGAAGGAUGUGCGGAAAGAACGCAGCAAUGACCUGACCGCGUUGCACACGAAGAAGAGGGUCAGGACGGCCACGUUGAAGAGUGCCACCAGUGGAAGGGGGGCCAACCGAUCCGACCUCUACAGAAUAAAGACAAGCAAGACAAACAAAAUCAGCCAAAUGGAUAGGACGAACAAAAGCAUAGACAAACUGAAAUUUAGGAAGCAUUCCCGGAAGGCCAAGAAGAUAGAGAAUAAGAAUAACGACUACAUUGAAAACUGGGAUCUCUUCCUGGUUAUAGAAAAGUGUGACUGCAGUCUGAAUGAUAUUUUAAGUAAGGCCAAGAAAAGACACGCUUCCUUCAUCCAGCAUAUUAAGCAAUGCACAGCACAACAUUUGCCAAAUGAACGAGUAGAUAUGUCCUAUGACCACAUUCACAAUUAUGUAAAGUAUGUAUAUCUUCCUCUGAAGAAAAUUGAAAACCGUUCCUUCUAUCCAGAAAUGCCAUCCCUGUCAGAGGCACAGACUAAGGUCAUCAUAUACCAGAUGCUCCAGGGGAUUAACCACUUUCACAAAAAGUUUAUAAUUCAUAGGGAUAUAAAACCAGCCAAUACGCUCAUCAAGAAUAUUAAAUACCUAUCUGACGGGUUGAACGAUUCGAAGGAGUGGAUCGUGAAAAUAGCUGACUUCGGAUUGGGGGUGUACGAUCACUUUUUAAAGGCCGAAACGAAGGACUGCAAUAUUAUUACGCUGCAGUAUAGGCCACCCGAAAUCCUCUGCAAUAGUACCAUGUAUAAUUAUUCGGUGGAUAUUUGGUCCAUUGGAAUUACCAUGUGUGAGUGCUUACUAGGGUUUGUUCCCGUAACGUCAAAGUUUGAAUCCUCCGUGUUGUUUAAAAUUUUAGUUUUUCGAGGCAUACCGGAUGAAGACUUUGAUGAUCUUCUGAAGAAGGAAUUCGUGGGGGAGUUGCCCCAGUUUAAGGUGGACCGGCUUAAAAUGUUGGAGAUCAUUUUUACAGACAUAUAUGGACGUAGGUUGCUGAGCGAUCACGGCAUCGAUCUGGUUGACCAGUUCCUUAGUUACGACUACAAGAACAGGAUAACUGCGAAUGAAGCACUUAGGCAUCCCUGGUUCGAGGAUGUGCACCUCUACCUGAACGAGCGCCUACUCCGUUACUACAAGCGGACCGGCACGUACUACUUUUAG